UGCAGCGAUGCGGAUGUGGUCCGCCUGUCACACACCAGCGGAUCAACUCAUUGGGGGAACUCUGCUGCCAGUCAUCUGUCCGUCUUCUUCUUUAACUUCUCUCCAGCUCGGCAAUUCCACGCUGAUUCCGCCCGGGUCCUGAUAACAUUGAGAGAGAAAGGCACCGUUACACAAACACUGAGGGGGGCAGUGGGUGCGACCCCCCGCCCUGCCGCAAGAGCACACAGCCCCACCACAGCUCAGCUGACCUCACUGGCAGGGGAGAGCUUUGACCCGUGGACUGGUCCACAUGCGGCCAGCGCAGCAGGAAAAAACGUUAGCGUCGGGGGAACACCUACCCGGAAACAGCCUUGCCUCAGUAGCGAAAAUCCAGCAAAAUACUCUUCGCUCUGCAUUUUUUCCUUUCGGGCUCUGUUCAAACGUUUGUUUCUCUAGCUCCAGAAGUCAUCAGCUCUUUCAAGACAAAGUGAUUCACAGCAGACCAAAUGUUUGGCUAGGAUGGUGGUAGAAGUGGUCCUGGUUGACUUUUCAGAUGUUCCUCAUGGUUCCAUUCAGAAAUGGCUUUGCCGUGCUGUGGACGUAAUGAGCACGUGCAGUCUGGUCGAGUGUCCAUAUGUCUUCAUGAUGUACAGCCAAAGAAAUACAGACAGUGCAAAUAAUGACGUCCAGAGUUAUUUGUAUCAAUUGUCAGAGCACGUUGAAAUGCCAAAAGGAAACCUUGAGGUUUUGGUACAAUCCAGUUUUGCUGGCAUCCUGUACACUGCCAAGAAGAAGAUCGAUGAACAGAGCCUCAGCCUCAUUCAGGUGAUUGCGUCCACAGAUAGGAGAGCCACACUGGAGCUCUAUGUAGAGCAGCUUUUUACUGCAACUUAUAAAUUCACAUUUGAGACACUAGUGAUGGAGAGUGAAGGAGAAAUAAAACUACAUUUGCCAGUACCUGCCAUUAAAGAACACGUUCUCUUGAGCCAACAAGCAGAUUAUAUUUGGAAGGACAUCCGGGCAUUCUUGGCCCAACUCAAAGGAGAUAUGGGAGAGAUUGUAAUUCUCAAGUCUCUGUUGAUCCCAGAUGUAUUUCUUCAUGGCUUUACUACCAGAACAGGUGGUAUAUCCUACCUACCAGGCCUCACUUCCUUAAAUCUCUUCAGUAGCUGGAAACGUAGAGACCCAAAGGCCGUGGUUACUGAGAAUGUCCGACGGUUGAGCACAAGCGCAGGAUUUAAUGCAAAAAUCUUCUACCUCGCAAAGGUAAGCCAUGGAAGCAACAUCUGGACUUUGGGGAAGCCUGAGCCUGAAAACUAUGAUGGAAUGGUGACAAACUGGAAAGGCGUCACCAUAGCAGCACCAGGAGCAGACUGCAUUCCUCUCCUGUUUGCUGAUCCUAUCCAGCAAGUGUGUGGAGUAGCUCAUGCAGGAUGGAAGGGUACAUUGGCAGGAGUUGCUAUGGCUACAGUGAGCGUGAUGAUGGCUGAAUUUGGCUGCAGUGCUAGAGAUAUUCUGGUGGUGAUGGGUCCUUGUGUGGGCCCAUGUUGCUUCACCCUUCACCAAGAGGCAGCCAGAGAGUUUGUGAAGAUCAACACCAACUGUGUGAAAGGGACCAAUUCUCCCCGUCCAAAUAUUGACCUUAGACAAGCAACAAGAGUUUUACUGGAACGUGGAGGGAUUCUGGCUGAAAACAUAAGUGAUGAUUCCACGAGCAGUAAAUGUAAGGAUGUGACUCCUUGCACAGCCUGCCACCCGGACAAGUUCUUUUCAUAUAGUCGGGAUGGAAGCAACUUUGGAACUCAAAUUGGAUUUAUCUCUGUCAGAGACUAGCUGUAAACCUGCCAUCGCAUACAGUUGCUCAUACUUAAGGUUAUCAAGGUGAACAUGGACAAAGUCAAGCUUGGAAGCUUUUCACUCUAUUUUCUGGAAGACAGACAAAGUGGACAUAAGGCAUGUGUAAGAUUAGCAUAUCACCAAAGAGGCACCUUAUUGUUACAGCCCCUGGGUCAUGUUAUUGUAUGAUUAGACACUGGGCAGUAAAACAUUUUCCUGUUGACAGGAAGUGGGGGUGACUCAACCCGAGGGAAUAUCUAAUCUCGACCUGAAAUUUGUAACACUGCGCAGCAUCAGCAAGUUAAACCGCCGGCGAUCUUUUUGUGUGCUGAAAUAAUAACAGCACUUUGCAUUUGCGUAGCGCUUUCAUCUCCCACAAAGCUUUGUAAGAUGGGGGUUCAGAGCCUAUGGAGGAGCUAGGGAAGAGGGUUGGGAGAAAUGACCAAACAUGGUUGGAGAAAUGUGUUUGAGGAGGUUUUUGAAAGUGAGGUGAUAGGUGUUAGGAAGGGAAUUGCAGAGGGGCAACUGAACACUGUGUCAGCAAAUGGGGGGAGAGAAAGGGGGAAAAUGCAUAGAAGGCCAGAUUUGGAAGAUUGAAAAGUGUGAGAUGGGACAUAAGGAUGGAAGAGUUUACAUGGUAGGAUGGAGGGAUUGAUCAAAGGAUAAGGAUUUGGAAGUGGAUGUUCUAUUGGACGAGUGUGUUGAUGAGGAUAGAGAUGACAGUUGAUGUGACUUGGAAUUGAAUAGAAAUCCACGAACAGAGUUUUGAAAUCAGUUGGAGUUUAGUUAGGGUAGAGCUUGGAAGGUCAUUGAGGAGACCUUUGACAAAGCCAAGUGUGGAAGUAAGCAAGAUCAUGGUGGAGGAAUGAAGAUAUCAGCAGUGUUGACGAUGAGGUCAGAAUGGAGAAGGGCAACAGUAGAGGUGGAAGUAGGCAGUCAUGGUGAUCAGCUGGAUUCCCUGCAGGGCACCAAAGUAACCCAGUGUGUGUUCUGAGCUGGGCCAGGAGCCAGGAAAGGAGGACGGAAUGAGAACCGAAAUGUCAAGUUGUUGGCAGGAAAGAGAAAGGAUGCUUUUGGUUGUGCAGUACUGAGCUGGACAAAGUUCCAGUUCACCUACGCCUGAUAUCAGACUCCAAGUUAAGCAGUGCUCCACGAAUGAUAGCUUGAGCAAGAACUACAGUGUAGUAAAGUAUAUUUUAAUAAAAUACAUUAAGACCCCCCAUCACCCCUUCUGCACAUCAUGAGCCUGACCAUAGCCAUCCUCUUUUAGUUCCUCCCUCAAAAGUGUUCCUGUUUUCCUGUCGUACGUGAGAUUUUUGCUGUUAAAUCCUUGCUUCCCAUACUGAAGUUGUCAUUAAUGUGGACAAUUCACCCUUGUCUGGGUCUGACUGACUGAACAGCAGUGGCUGCAGUGACUGAGCUCAUCAUCAAAGUGACUCAGGGGCAUCUCUCCCCUGGCCCCAGUAACAUAGCAUAAAAGCUCCUCUCAUCCCAGGGAGGCUGUGACAGAGCUGUGUUACCUGUUGCAGCACCAGAUGUGGCCCAGCACCAGGCCAUCACUUGCCUGAGGCUCCGAAGGUGACUGUGUUUCUAUACUUCAGGUUCAUUCCAAGCUGCACCAGGUAAGCAGCAAUUUCAGGGCAUUACUGCAUCAAACAACUGACAGACACAUCCAUUGCGAAGUUCAAACACAUAUACCCACUUCCCAGUGGAGGCAGCGAAGUAGAAACAAAGAAUUGUGACAAGUGAAUCACUUGCAUGAUUGAUUUAUGGAGUUUGAAAGUUUAUUUCCAUGCCAGAUCCAGAUCAUUAUAUUACUGUCCAAUCAGUCUGGCUAACAGAAUCAGGUCCUAGAUACACCCGUCAACCUUUACGAGAAAAACGUUUGUAUUAUGUCAGGCUUCAGAUGCUAGAUGCGUCAGUAAAAAAAGAGUUUAGAAGUAGUGUUUAUGAGGAUUUUGUGAAAGGGCAGUGGGGAGCAAAUUUUAAAAAGUUAUUAAGAAAAUGAAAAGUUUAGCAAAACAAUGAUCAUGAGGAGAGUAUUCUUCUAUUGAUCUCUGAUUGUGAUCAAUUUGGGCAGAAUUUUGCCCUUGGCGGGUGGGGGCAGACGGGAAGCUGACCGCCGCCUGCGAUUGGGGCCAUACCGCGAUUUCAUGCUGGGCGGGCCAGUUAUGGCUCACCCAGCGUGAAAUGUGUGCGGCAGCGCUUGGCACUGCCUGUGCAGUGGGGGGAGGAGGAGGGCGAGUGGGGCAAUCACGAACUUUGCACAUGCGCCUGACUGAGCGCUUGAAAAUCUCCCUAAGGCACAGAGCUGCCUCAGGGAGAUGAAGCGCUUU